AAAUUGAGAACAUUUCUUUUUUUCAAAGCACAUUUUCUAACUGCUUAUUACUGAUUUUUCCAUAACACAUACAUUGAUUUGUAUUGUUGUCUAUCUAAAAUCCUUAACUGUCGUAUUAUUUCAAAAAUGCAUAGCUUGUUUCGAUUUCUAAGUAAUUAUACUGUCAGAGAAUAAUGAGGGGUCCUUAUCUGAAUUUUAAUAUAUUUUUCUAAAAAAAUUAUGAAUUAUGAUUUAGAAUUAUUUUGGCACCACUGCAGUAAAUAAAAAUAAUGCUCUACAGUAAUAAUGGCAUCGGAUUAAAGCCAUGGGAGAAAGUAAAUAUCCGCGAGUCCAUAUGGAUAUCAAUAAAUAACCGAAUAAGUAAAUAACCGGGGGGAAGGGCAUCUCUCCGCUCGCACCCCCGGCUGACCAGCGCGCCGCCCGGCGGAAGCCGCAGGCUGGGCUGAAAGCCACCCGGACUGGAGGGGAAGAGUCCAGCGGACGAGAGUCGGAACCCCCAGCAGACCCCGCCCCAGGAUGAGAGGACUAGACCCGGGGUGCAGCCGGGAGCAGAGGUGAAAGGUCGGGAACGCCCUCCACACCGUGCGCUUCGGGGUGGGGCCGCGGGGCCUCCGGAGACGCGCACAUCCGGGUCCUGGCGCGCGCAUGCGCACCCGCCCCGAACAUGGCCGCCGCCGCCGCCUGCCCCCCUGAGAUAUGGCGGGAACCAUACCCAUGGAGUCGAACAGCUGAGGUCUCGCAACCAUUGAUGUCAACAUCCGGGCAUCCAGCCUAAGGAGAUCCCUCUGAAGGGUCAUAGAGACUGGGGAUUAAGCCCAUCAGAGCCUGGGACACGAGAUUGAAGAUGACAGCUCAGAAAAUUCCUGAGGAAGAACAAUCCUGUGGCAUGGAAAUGGAAGGAUUUACGAGAGAGGGUUCCUGUUUCUCCAUUCUAGGUGACAAUUGGGACUGCAGGAACCAGGACGGACAUGUGAGGCAAUCAACUUCAAGUCAGGAGAAACUAGGGGCUCAGGAAGCAAUUUGUGAAUAUCCUGGAUUUGGGGAGCAUUUGAGUACAAGCUCAGAUGUUCCACCUUCUCAGAGAGUUCCUGCAACAAAUGGUUUCCAUAUACCUGACUCAGAUGUUAAGAGUUUUGUUUGUGACCCAGCUUUACACAGUUGUCAGAAAAGUUAUAUAGCUAAGAGAACUGGUGACAAUGAUGCCUGUGGAAAAGCCUUCAACCAUUCCGUGGACAUUAGUCAAUUUGGAAGAAGUCAAAUAAGAGAGAAACCUUAUAAAUACCCUGAAAGUGUUAAAUCUUUCAACCAUUUUACCCCUCUUGGUGAACAAAAAGUAAUGAAAAGAGGGAAGAAGCUGUAUGAAGGUAAGGUCUUUGGAGACAUCUUUACGCUGAGUUCAUCUCUGAAUGAAAACAGGAGGAGUCACCCUGGAGAGAAACUAUACAAGUGCACUGAAUGUGGCAAGUGCUUCAAACGGAACUCCUCUCUUGUCUUACAUCACCGAACUCACACUGGAGAGAGACCUUAUACCUGUAACGAGUGUGGAAAAUCCUUCUCCAAGAACUACAACCUAAUUGUGCAUCAGAGAAUCCAUACAGGAGAGAAGCCCUAUAAAUGCAGUAAAUGUGGGAAAGCCUUCAGUGAUGGGUCAGCUCUGACACAACACCAGAGAAUUCACACUGGGGAGAAGCCUUAUGAAUGUCUAGACUGUGGAAAAACCUUCAACCGAAAUUCAUCCUUGAUUUUGCAUCAAAGGACUCAUACAGGGGAAAAACCUUAUAGAUGUAAUGAGUGUGGGAAACCUUUCACCGACAUCUCCCACCUCACUGUGCAUCUCAGAAUCCAUACUGGGGAGAAGCCCUAUGAAUGUAGCAAAUGCGGAAAGGCUUUCCGGGAUGGCUCUUAUCUCACCCAGCACGAGAGGACUCACACUGGAGAGAAGCCCUUUGAAUGUGUGGAGUGCGGGAAAUCCUUCAACCGUAACUCUCACCUGAUUGUGCAUCAGAAAAUCCAUUCUGGGGAGAAACCCUACGAAUGUAAAGAGUGUGGGAAAACUUUCAUCGAGAGCGCUUACCUCAUCAGGCACCAGAGAAUUCACACUGGCGAGAAGCCCUAUGGCUGUGACCAGUGUCAGAAACUUUUCAGGAACAUUGCCGGCCUCAUCCGGCACCAGAGGACUCAUACUGGUGAGAAGCCCUAUGAGUGUAAUCAGUGUGGAAAAGCUUUCAGGGACAGCUCCUGUCUGACCAAGCACCAGAGAAUCCACACUAAGGAGACCCCAUACCAAUGUCCAGAAUGUGGAAAGUCUUUCAAGCAGAACUCUCACCUGGCAGUACAUCAGAGACUCCAUAGCAGGGAGGGUCCCAGCCAGUGUCCUCAGUGUGGGAAAUCGUUCAGAAGGGGCUCCUCCCUCCUCCGACAUCAAAGAGCACACCCUGGAGAGCAACCCAUGGAAGCAUAAUGAAUGUGGGCCACCCUCAUCUCCUGACUUGCUCUCAAAAAUUCUGUGAAGGAGGAAUGUCUUCAGGGGUGACUUUUUCAUGUCAAUAGAAAAGAAUUCUUUAAGCUCUCCAAUGAACUGAUGAAUGUGAGAUGUUCCUUAGCUGUACUAUUAAGUCUAUACAUUAGGGAAGUCCUGGAGAGAAUAUAGGAUGGUGAUAAAUACGGAAAUGGCUUCAGCCUGUCCCAAAUGUGAUAGUGCACACACUGGAAUAAAGCCUGUGAAUGUCAAGAAUAUACUUCCCUGGGGAUACCUACCCACUCCUGCAUCAGAAUGCUUAACUGGACAGAACCUGUGAGUGUGUUCAGUGAGUAAUCAGGAUGAGGAAUUCUUUAAUAAUGAGUCUGCCUUAUCGUGCAAAAGCAGGCUCUUACUAGAAUCAAGUGGAAUCAGUGAGAGAAGCUUCCAGCAGCAGCUCUUACUGUCUUUUCUGUAUCAGUAAAGACAUCCUGGUGAGAGACCCCACAUGACACUCCACCCCACAGCAACCACAGAAUGAUAGUGAGAUUUUGCUGUUUGAACGUAUUUCCAUGUUACAGUCCUGCCAGAUGCUGAGGACUCCUUUUGGGAGGCAGAGCUUCAGGAGGAAGUUGCUUGUGAAUGAACAGUGACAUCAUCCCUCUUAAGAAAAGACUGAAGCAGUCUUGUACUAGGACGGAAAGGUCUGCUGCUGAGAAUGUGAUGGCAUUGCUCUAGUUGUUGAAAGGAAAACAUACUGAGUUGUUAUGUUUACAUUAUCACUCCCAUUGUUGUUCAUUUAGGACACUUCUGAUUUGUUCCAUGUAGCCAUCCUGAACCAUAAAUGUAAAGGUUUUGUUGCCAUAUUGGAAAUGCUUGUAAUAGGGCAGGUGACAAAAAAAGGCAGAACAUAGAAGAUUUGCUGUUAUUACAGCUGUGUAAAGAUAUGUGCACAUAUAGAUGUAGACUGAAAGUUGAUCAUGGAGAAAUAAACUUAUGGUUUUAUUAGGGGACUGCAAA